CUAGCCGCCUCCCUUUUCCCUCCCUUUUCCCUCCUUCUUUCCCUCUUUUUCCCACCUUAACUAACCAACUUUCCACCACCAAAACAUCUCCAUCCCUACAUCCAUCUCUCUCCUUCUCUCCUCUUCUUUCCUUCCUCUCUCCUCCCUCUUACCUCUCUCUCGACCUUCCACCACUCCAUCUACUCCUUCAAUUCUCCCAUUCCAUUCUCUUUUUCUUCGUCCUUCUUUCUCCCUUUCUCCCCGUAGUUUUUAAUCUCCAUUUCCGUCAUCAUGGAAGAAGAAGUCGCUGCUCUCGUUAUCGACAAUGGUUCGGGUAUGUGCAAGGCCGGUUUCGCCGGUGACGAUGCUCCCCGUGCUGUCUUCCCCUCCAUUGUCGGUCGUCCCCGUCAUCAUGGUAUCAUGAUUGGUAUGGGCCAGAAGGACUCGUACGUCGGUGACGAGGCUCAGUCCAAGCGUGGUAUCCUCACCCUGAGAUACCCCAUCGAGCACGGUGUCGUCACCAACUGGGAUGACAUGGAGAAGAUCUGGCAUCACACCUUCUACAACGAGCUCCGUGUCGCCCCCGAGGAGCACCCCGUCCUCUUGACUGAGGCCCCCAUCAACCCCAAGUCCAACCGUGAGAAGAUGACCCAGAUCGUCUUCGAGACCUUCAACGCCCCCGCCUUCUACGUCUCCAUCCAGGCCGUCCUGUCCCUGUACGCCUCCGGUCGUACCACCGGUAUCGUCCUGGAUUCCGGUGACGGUGUCACGCACGUGGUCCCCAUCUACGAGGGUUUCGCCCUGCCCCACGCCAUCUCGCGUGUCGACAUGGCCGGCCGUGACUUGACCGACUACCUGAUGAAGAUCCUGGCCGAGCGUGGCUACACCUUCUCCACCACCGCCGAGCGCGAAAUCGUCCGUGACAUCAAGGAGAAGCUCUGCUACGUCGCCCUCGACUUCGAGCAGGAGAUCCAGACCGCCGCCCAGAGCUCCGGCCUCGAGAAGUCGUACGAGCUGCCCGACGGACAGGUCAUCACCAUCGGCAACGAGCGCUUCCGUGCCCCCGAGGCCCUCUUCCAGCCCAGCGUUCUGGGUCUGGAGAGCGGUGGCAUCCACGUCACCACCUUCAACUCCAUCAUGAAGUGUGAUGUUGAUGUCCGUAAGGAUCUGUACGGCAACAUCGUCAUGUCUGGUGGUACCACCAUGUACCCCGGUAUCUCCGACCGUAUGCAGAAGGAGAUCACCGCCCUGGCGCCCUCGUCCAUGAAGGUCAAGAUCAUCGCGCCUCCGGAGCGCAAGUACUCCGUGUGGAUCGGUGGUUCCAUUCUGGCCUCUCUGUCCACCUUCCAGCAGAUGUGGAUCUCCAAGCAGGAGUACGACGAGAGCGGACCCUCGAUCGUCCACCGCAAGUGCUUCUAAGGUAUUUCUCCCUGAUACCCUUCAGCAUAUGAGUCUAUCCUGUCAGAUGACUGACUUGUACAGCUCUUGCGCGUGAUUCGUUCGUACUUCCCUGUAUUAAAAGACCGGAGCUGUGGUGACUGGCGGGCCUUCUCUGGACUCGCACUAGGGAGAUUGUCUGAAAAAGGGCAUUGUUUUCGGCUGUGGAAUAGAGAUGGGUCGAUUUGGGAGACGCUGUGUCACGCGGUGCAGGGGCAACUCUGCCGGCAGCAAGGCGGGAAGAGGAGAGUUCGGAGGAGUAACGGUGCGACGGACCGCGGAGAUGGACAUGGGAACCGUGUGGUGAAAGCUGGAGACCCCGACCCCGUUUCACGUUUCAUAUAGUUCGACACUUCCUGUGUGAAUCCCGGUUUUUUCUUUUUUUUUUUUUUUUAACCAUGUCGUGCCGUUUCUUGCGAUCUUCUCGCCUACGGGCUGGGUUACAUAUCCUAUCUUCUUACCAUGCUGCUGAGAAUGUUGAUUUCCGUGGAGUGAUUAGCAAGGUUUCUUUAUCUCUUAUGAUAACUUUUUUUUUCUUCACCUUUGUUUGGUUGAGUGUAUGACCAUUCGCAUAUAUAGUCGUAUUAGAUGAGGUGGUCUACUGUAGUUAUAGAUCAAUGAUCUAAGA